AUGCCCACCUACGCCACAGUCAACGUCCCCUCUCUCGGCGAGAUCCAGGUUCCCGUCGGACUGCACAUUAACGGCGAAUGGGUCGAGUCUGUCAAGAAGGAGACCUUUGCCACUGUCAACCCCGCGACUGGCCAGAAACUCUUGGACUUUCAGCAUGCCCAGGGCGAAGACAUCGAUAUCGCCGUAAAGGCAGCUAGGAAGGCUUUCAAGACCACCUGGGGUAACACCCUUCCCGCUGCUGAGCGCGGUGCCUUGCUCAACAAACUUGCUGAUCUUGUCGAGAGAGACGCCGACAAGCUUGCCGCUUUGGAGAGUCUCAACUCUGGAAAAGGUGUACGAAUCGCUCGAGAGGCCGACAUUGCCGACACUAUCGCCUGCAUCCGCUACUUUGCCGGUCUUGCAGACAAGAUCCACGGUCAGUCCAUCGACACUUUCGGUGGCGAAAAGUUUGCAUACACGCUACAUCAACCUAUCGGUGUCUGCGGUCAGAUCAUUCCCUGGAACUAUCCGCAAGCAAUCUUCGUGAUAUGA